CCCGCCCUUGCCGCCAUGUUUGAGCCCUGUGUUGUUGUUGGGGAGGCCUGUGGUCUAGACUACCUGUCUCUCCCGGGUUUAGGCCUAUUAGGAAGAACACCUGGAUGCACCUGAAAGAGGAAAUGGAGCCAGUGACUUUUGAGGAUGUGGCUGUGAACUUCAGCCCAGGAGAGUGGGCUUUCUUGGAUUCUAGUCAAAAGAAGCUCUACAGAGAUGUGAUGACAGAAAGUUUUAUGAACCUGAUCUCCAUAGGGAAGACAGAAGAAAACAUUGAAGAGGAGUGUGCAAAUGACAGAAAUCUCCGAACUCAGGUGGUUGAGAGAGACUGUAAAUAUGGAGAUGCUUGUCAGUGUGAAGCCCACCACCAGAUCCCAGAGUACGUUGUUAAUGAGGACAUGCCUUCUGCAACCACAGUAUUUGAAAGCAGUGUGUGUGUAAGAGGCACUAUUGGUCAUUUACCCUCAGAUGUGCAUCUCAUAGGCGAAACUGGAAAGAAACCAUGUGAGAAUAAGGGACAUGUGGAGGUAGCUUUUCAACAUGAGAAACAUUAUACAGAUUUCACUUCUAAAUGCCUUCAGGGGUUCAAAAGUCCUAGGCACAUAGUUUAUAAAAAGAAACAAUCUAAUGAUGCCUAUAGAAUUUGCACUUCUGAUAAAAAUUAUGAGCAAAUUUACAGUGAUGGCACAUGUCAGAAAUAUAAUCAGUUUGAAAAAGCCAUCAGGAAAUACACUUACUUUCAAAUGUAUGAAAGAAUCCACACUGGAGUGAAAUCAUUUAUGUGUAAGCAAUGUGGAGAAACCUUUAUUAAUUUCAGUCAGCUUGUCUACCAUGAAAAAAUUCAUACCGGAAAGGAAUGUUAUGUGUGUAAUCAAUGUGGAAAAGCAUUUAGACAUUAUUCCUACCUUCAGAAACAUGAAAAAAUCCACAGUGGAGAUACACCCUAUGUAUGUAAGCAAUGUGGCAAAGCCUUCGUUCGUUCAUCACACCUUCUUGUCCAUGAAAGAAUUCACACUGGUGAGAAACCUUACACAUGUAAGCAUUGUGGGAAAGCCUUCAGCCAUCACAGUGCCUGUUAUAGACAUGAAAUAAUCCACACUGAAGAGAAACCCUACGUUUGUAAGCAAUGUGGAAAAGCAUUUACUUGUUCUACAUCCCUUCGCAACCAUGAAAGAAUUCACACUGGAGAAAAACCUUAUGCAUGUAAGCAGUGUGGCAAAUCCUUCAUCCAGCGUGAUGCUUGUUACAACCAUGAAAGAACUCACACUGGAGAAAAGCCCUAUGUAUGUAAGCAGUGUGGGAAGGCAUUUACAUGGUCUACAUGCCUUCGAAACCAUGAAAGAACACAUACUGGAGAGAAACCUUAUGCUUGUAAGCAUUGUGGAAAAGCCUUCACCCAUUCUAGUACCCGUUACAGUCAUGAAAGAAUACAUACUGGGGAAAAGCCAUAUGUAUGUAAAAAGUGUGGGAAGGCCUUCAUUCAUUCCAGUCAUCUUAUCAGCCAUGAGAAGAUCCACACAGGGGAGAAACCUUAUCCAUGUAAGCAUUGUGGGAAAGCUUUCAUUCAGCGUAAGGCUUGUUACAAUCAUGAACGAACUCACACUGGAGAAAAGCCUUAUGUAUGUAAACACUGUGGGAAAGCAUUUAGGUGUUCCACAUAUCUUCGGAACCAUGAAAGGACUCACACUGGAGAGAAACCUUAUAUAUGUAAGCAUUGUGGAAAAGCCUUCACACAUCAGAGUGCCCGUUACCGUCAUGAACGAAUUCACACUGGAGAGAAACCGUAUGUAUGUAAAAAAUGUGGAAAAGCCUUCAGUGAUUGCAGCUAUCUCGUGAAGCAUGAAAGAAUUCAUGGAGAGAAACCUUACACAUGUAAAAAUAGGGAAGCUUUUAUGUGUCCCACAUCCCUUUAUAUGCAUGAAAGAGCCAACAGAAAAGAACUGAAGUGUUUACAGCAGUAUAUCUGAUGGCCUUGUCUGUGGACAACUUCCUUAUAUUGUGAGGUAUAAAAGAAAAGUGUGAACAGCUCACAAGAAGGCUCAGUGAGUAAAGCUGCUUAUUUCUAAGUCUGAUAAUCUGAGUUCCAUCCCAGGGUCCCAUAUGGUGGAAAUACAGAAUUAUUCCCAAAGUAUACCUCUGAGUUCCAUAUAUACACAUGGGCCCAUACACAAGCUCAAAAAUAUUUAUGUUUUAAAAAGUGGAGACUAACAAAGCUGCAAAGGUGUAGUUGUAUCCCCAAUAUGCAAAUAUAUAUAUAUAUAUAUAUAUAUAUAUAUAUAUAUAUAUACAUAUACUAUAUAUAUACAUAUAUGUAUAUUUAUGAUAUAUGGUAAAAUCUUGUUGCACUGGGUAUGGUAGGGCAUGCUUUUAUUCUAGCUCUGGGUGAAGGAGCGAUGGUAGAGAUUAGAGAAUUAUAAUGGCUAUAGUGGGUUUGGACACCACAUGGGAAGCUUAAGAAGAACCAGUUAUAAGCAAGUAGAAUUUUUUUACAAAAAGAAAAGAUGGUUCAGCUAUUUAAAGUACACACUGCUUUACCCAAGGACCUGAGUUUGUUUCCUAGCAUCCACACAGUGUGGCUCACAAACAUCUAUAAUUCCAAAUCCAAAAACUGUGAUACCCUCUUCUGGCCUCUGUAGGUACAGAACAUAUGUAAUACACAUACAUAAUAAAUGAAAAUACAUCUUGAAAUAGUUAUGUGCAUAAAAGAAGCAGGAGAGAUGUAUGUUUGUUUGAAUAAGAAAAUAUAUGAAAUAUUAAUCUUUUAAGAGUAAUGUGGAGAGUGAACAAAUAUGUUUGCACAGAAUUGAGUACAGCUGGAGCAUUUUUAUCAUUGUUCAAUUCUUAUACGAGACCUUUAAUUUGCAUAUUGUUUUUUAUAGUUUUGAAGUAAGAUAUGGUGAAUGAUGUCAUAAUUUUGCCUGCCUGUAUUGCCUAGUGCUUGGAAUGCUGAAGCCACCAAGACACUGUCUCUGACAAUAGCAACUAUAUAAAAAACAUUUUGUUGGGGCUGGAGAGAUGGCUCAGAGGUUAAGAGCACUGGCUGCUCUUCCAGAGGUCAUGAGUUCAAUUCCCAGCAACCACAUGGUGGCUCACAACCAUCUGUUAUACACAUGGGCCCCUGAACACUUCUAGUGUUCAGAUAUACAUGGAAGCAGAAUGUUGUAUACAUAAUAAAUAAAUAAAAUCUUCUUUAAAAAAAAACAUUUUGUUGAGGUGAUAUAAGUUUGGUUAACUAAUUUCAGUUCAAGUAUCUUUUAAACGAAGUGAGGAAAUACUUUUUCAACUUCACUGUAGAGAUACUGCAUUCAUUGAACUGAGAUGCAUUUGUAAUAAAGCAGUAAACUUAAUUUUA